AUGGCCUCCGCCACUGGCAUCCCCGAGCAGCAUCCAGACCCCGUCAGCAACGGCCACGGCGAACAGGAACCGUUGCUUGGCCGUCCUGGCGAUGCCUCGCAGAAGGAGGGCAAGCCACUCGCCUGGAAUCUGGUCCUUGGCACCGGUGUUAUCGCACAAGCCGGAAUCUGGAUCCUCACUGCCAUUGUGUGGGCUGGCAUCCUGUCCCACGACGUGAUACUGUUCUCCGCUCAUCCGCUGCUCAACUCUGCUGGGUUGCUGCUCAUCACUCAAGCCGCCCUUAUCUUGCAGCCAACACACACGCCGGACCAGAAGCGUCGCGGAACUUAUGUUCAUGCUGUCUUGAAUCACGUCGGCGUCCUCGCACUGCUCGCUGGCCUCAUCGUCAUUGAGGUGAACAAAGAGCGCGGCGGCCUGGAUCAUUUCGAGUCCCCACAUGCCAUCCUCGGUAUCAUUACCUACAUCUUCCUGGUGUUGCAGGUCAUCGUUGGCUUCACCCAGUUCUUCACGCCUGAAGUCUACCGGGGUGUUGACAGGGCAAAGAAGAUCUACAAGUACCACCGGUUCUUUGGGUACGUGACCUUUGUGCUCACACUCGUGACCAUCGCGGCUGCGACCAGGACUACCUUCAACGUCAACGUCUUGCACAUCAAAACUUGGGCUGUCAUUGUUGCAUCUCUUAUUGUUCUUGCCGGUAUUGUUCCUAGGAUCAAGAGACAGAAACUCGGGCUGUAA